CUUGCUGCCUUCUCCUUCGGCCGCAAUUUGGAACCGGAGCACGCCGGAGGACGAGGCCUGGACCUCCAUUGAUUCCCCUCCAUUCCAGCAGCCUCGUCUCCACCCAUCACCCCAGCUACUCGAUACGAACUAGCUACCGCGGCUUCAUUCACGGCGCGCGCGGCAGUCAGUGCGGUGAGCGCCGCCGCUUUUCUUCCCCGACGUGGUUCCGCCGUUGCUCGGGGUUCUUGAUUGAAAUCUUUGUCUCCCGUUUGCAUUUGCGGCGGGUAUGGCUGCAGUUUGGGGCGGCUGCAGCACAAGCCGCGGUUCCUUCAGUCUCGAACUGCCUCGGCGUGGCACGGGGAUCCUAUCAAGAAACGGCGGCCGGAGCGGAGGUGAAGCCCACCGGGUAAGCGGCGCCAUGGCGAUGGCCAGAGGAGUAGUGUGUGUUUGCAGAGCGGCUGCUCCGCCGUGUGUCCCUGAAUCUGACGUCACCCGCAAGGAGGAGGAGGCUGGCUCGGGGACUCGUGGCAUGGACGACGAUGAACGGCCUGUUGCUGGUGGUUUCGUCUAUCACAAGAGCCACGGGCUCCGGCGGCGUCCGGUCAAGCCGCCUGCUGCUGCCGUGGACAAGGAACCUGUCCGCGCCAGAAGUGUUCGGCCGGUGCCAGUUUCAGAGUCGACGCAAGAAGUGCCAGUUUCAGAUAAGUUUGAGCAUGGGGGAUCAAGGCUGCACUUUCUGGAGGAGCGGGACGAGGAGAAGCUGUCCACAAGGUUGAUGAGGCUCGGCCAGUCCAACAAGGUCAGGAGUGCCAUGGAGCUGUUUGAUUCAAUGCGUGCCUCUGGCCUGCAGCCGACCGCGCACGCCUGCAACUCUCUCUUGGCCAGUCUCAUCCGCAGAGGUUAUCCCGCGGAUGCCAGGAGGAUGUUUGAGUUCAUGAGGGAGAAAAGAUUGGCUACUGGCCAUACAUAUACCUUGAUCCUGAAGGCUGUCGCGAGGACCGAGGGCUACAUUUCUGCCUUGCAAAUGUUCAGCGAGAUCGAAGAGGGCAAAGAGUCAAGGGAAGCCCUUGACGUGAUUGUGUACAACACCAUGAUAUCCGCGUGCGGGAGAGCAAAGGACUGGAGGCAAGUGGAGAAACUCUGGAGAAGGCUAGCAGAAAACAGCUCCUUAACUGGUGGAACACUGAUGACCUAUGACCUGCUCGUCAGCACGUUCGUGCAGUGUGGACAGUCCGAGCUAGCAGUUGCCGCGUACGAGGAAAUGCUCCGCAACGGGCUUGAUCCAAGCGAGGAUAUAAUGAAGGCAAUCGUUGCUUCGUGCACCAGAGAAGGCAGGUGGGAGUUUGCGCUGGCCACGUUCAGGAGAAUGCUGAGUGCUGGCAUGAAGCCCAACAUCAUCGCAUUUAACUCGAUCAUCAACUCGCUUGGGAAGGCCGCUGAAGAUGAGCUCGCAUUUAGGAUGUACCAUCUUCUGACAUCCUCAGGGCUCGAGCCUGAUCAGUAUACGUGGAGUGCGUUGCUGUCUGCGUUACAUAGGUCUGGUCGAUGUUGGGACGCCUUGGAUCUUUUUCAUGGAAUCAAAUCCAAGCAUCCGUCGGUAUUAAACAGUCAUCUCUACCACAUCGCUUUGAUGUCCUGUGAAAGGCUCGGCCAGUGGGAGCAUGCUUUGCAGUUGUUGUGGAUGAUGGAAAAACAUGGCCUGCAAAUCUCAGCGGUUUCUUACAAUCACGUGAUACGUGCUUGUGAGGUUGCUUGCGAGCCAAGAGUUGCGCUGAAGGUGUACCAGCGUAUGACUCGUGAAAGGUGCUCGCCAGAUACAUUCACACAUUUAUCUGUUAUAAGAGCUUGCAUUUGGGGAUCUCUCUGGGACGAAGUAGAGGACAUACUGGAGGAGGUUGAGCCAGAUUCUUCGAUCUACAACACAGUCAUCCAUGGGCUUUGCUUGAGAGGCAAACCCAUAUUGGCCAGGAAGGUGUAUAAGAAAAUGCAGAGCAUUGGGCUGACACCAGAUGGCAAGACGAGGUCCUUCAUGCUGCAGCACAUCACAUCAGCUGAGUAGCCUCCUGACCUGACUGAGAUGCAAUAGCUAUUAGUUGUACAAAUCUAAACACACAAUUGCAUAUGUAACCUACUGUCACUACGCUACUCUGCUGCAGUUUCUUUAACUUAUAUGAGUGAAGAUACAUGUUAAAGUGGAACAGUUAGGAUGGCACACAAUAAAUUCCUACAAAUAUGGUCAAAGGAAGACUUGCAUUCUGUCCA